AAUUGAACAACUGCAUCCAGGUCAUUUCCCUUAAUAAAUCAAAAGUAGGCCAUCUCCUAUAAGUAAGCUGCUGUAUAUGCAGCAGCUGAUCAUUUCAUAUGAAAUCACCCUUAAAGUCUUAAACACAAAACUGAUCUAAUCACUAAACCCGUGAAAGCCAUUAAUCAUCCAUCAUCAGUGCGUUAGAAAUCAAAGUCACUGAAUGUCAGGUCACAGCUCAGACAAUGUUGCGUAGUCUGCAUACGAGUGGAAAUGUCACUUGAGAGGUGAGUGGCCUCUUUGUUUGCGCAUAAGCCUCCUGAAACAAAUAAGGUAAGUAGACUGGGUACUAAUCUCACCGAAUAUGCAAAGCUGCAAACACCCGAGGGGCUGGAUUAAAAGGCAGAGUGGUCCGAGCUGAGUCAUUACAGGAAAGCAUUACAUCUGUAUAAAACUAAUAAUUAUAACAACAAUAAGUGUAACUACACAAUGAAACUACUUUGACGUGACCGCCGGCGACUCGAUUAUAAUAUGAUUCAGUGACAAACGAGAAAGAGAGGGCGGAUGGAGGACUAUCCAUGACUGAGCGCGGAAACAAACCGUGGAUUUACUUAGUGAAUAUUUGAACGCACGGAAAUUGGUCGAUUAAUUAAUUAGGAGCUUGAAAAUCACCAAAGGAAAUUCUACAUCAAUAUAAUUCGGACCAGGAAAGUUUCAUUUCACUCUUCACUGGAGUUCAUCUACCUGACACACCUGUUGGAGCUGCUCAUCGGUCCAGAAAAAGGAAAAUCAACCUUGACGCAAUGGACCCUACCAGUGCUCCAAAAGGAUGUGGGUCCAGCAUCAGCUCCAUAUAUUAUAAUCUGUGUGACCUGACUACAGUGUGGGGGGUCGUGGUGGAAGCUGUUGCUGCUGCUGGUGUGGUGACUUCCUUCAUCCUGUUCGUCAUCCUCAUGGCCAGCUUACCGUUUGUGACGGACAAGAAGAGAAAGGGUAUGGUGGCCCUGCAGGCAGGCAUUCUGGUCUGCACUCUGGGACUCUUUGGACUCAGCUUUGCCUUCAUUGUGGGCCAGUACUCCACCAGCUGUGCUGCGCGCAGGUUUCUGUUUGGAGUACUGUUCUCAGGGUGUCUAGCCUGCCUGGCGAUGCAUGGGCUGUGGCUUGCUCUGCUGGAGCGGAGAGGCCGGGGGCUCAGGAGUUGGAUGCUAUGCUUGGGAGCCCUGGGUCUGUGGCUGGUUGAGGUGAUCAUCAACACUGAGUGGCUUAUCAUCACCGUGGUCAGGAGCCCACUCGGCGGUGUCGUUGACCCUGAACUGUCCUGCAGCAUUGACAAAAUGGACUUUGUGAUGUCACUUAUCUAUGUAAUGGUUCUGCUGGUGGCUGUGGUGCUGAUGGCUGUGCCCUCACUGACCCACAAGCACAAGCAAUGGCGCAGAGAUGGGGCUUUCAUUCUGGUCACGGGACUCUGCACCGUGGUUAUCUGGGUAACUUGGAUUGUCAUGUACAUCCAUGGGAAUAGAGUGGCUGGUAAUCCCAGUUGGGACGAGCCUACUCUGGCUGUAGCCGUGGUGUCGAAUGCCUGGGUGUUCCUCUUCCUCUACACCAUCCCAGAAAUCUGCCUACUGACCCAGGAGGACCCAGACAAGGAGCAGCCCCCUGAUGGAGAACACGUCUAUCCUGCCAGGAGCCUGGUUUAUGACAACAUCCUUAAGGAGUCAGAGCCACCUAAACAAAAUGUGUACAUAGAAAAUAAAGCUUUUGCUAUGGACGAGCCUCCAACAGUUCCCUCAAAGCCAGUGUCUCCAUAUGGGGCUUACAAUGGCCAGUUACGAAGUUGUGUGUACCAGCCCACUGAAAUAGCCCUAGUCACCAAGGGUCUAACAAAGAUGGAUCAAGAUGCAAUGCUCUCUCGUCCCACAGCCCCCUCUUUCAAUCAAGGAAGCAGCAGCUCCCUGCCUCGUUCAGAUGACUCCUUAACAUCCUAAGAACUGUCACAUGCAGGCAGACUGUCAAGAGCACAUUGCACACUGAGUUGUUAUAGCUAUGUAAUAACUCUAUGCCAGGGGUUUAUUUUAGCAUCAGAGUUAGUAGCAAAUGUAACUCCCCUUUCUCUUCCUUAGGAAGAUGCCUUUAUAUAUAAUAAAAACUGUGAAUCUGGUGAAAUAUGACGUAGCUCCUCUCACAGACAUCCUAAUUUUUCCUUCUGUUUUAUUUUCUCUGUUUAUACACUACUUGGCUGUCCUGUAUGUACAAUGGCUAUCUGCCAAUAAUAACAGACCAUAAUGACUGGAGAUGGGUGGCUUGUAGAGGCUAGUGUAUUCAUAGCCGAUAUGAAGAUUUCCAUAUGGAAAGGUUUUGCUUCAGCUCCUCUAUUUCAUUUCCAUUCUCACUAAAUUGGUUAAUAGUGUUUUAUGCCUUCUGCUAUAAAAAAAAAACCUGUUCUCUCUACUUUUUCAAAAUGUAAAUGGCAAAUUGACCUACUGUAGGUAUGUGGUGGAGCAAUAGUGGGCAAGGAUCAGGAACAGGGAGUUAAAAGAAAAGUGGUUUAACAGACUAGCCUUAGUUGUGUGCAGUGUAAAGUAAAUGUCUAUCAUUGACUUUAAGUUUUGAUUACAUUAUAACCAAUAUGAUUUUUUUCAGUUUUGUCAGAAAUCUGCUGCCUGUAAUUUGUUAAUCUGUUGGUUAGUGCAUAACACAUUUUGUUCAUUUGUGAAAGGACGUUGUGAUUCAGACUUCCUCUGAAAGCCAUACAAUUUUGUAGUGUUUUGGAUUUAUAAAAAUGUAAUUUUAAGUAAAUUUAUUAAACUUAUUAAAGCUUUUAAAGGGUUACUUAA